AUGGCGCCACCCGCCGACGAAACCCCAACCACAGACGCGGCUCCGGCCCCGGCCCCGAUCCUCUUCCGCGCAAACAAGAAGCGCAAAGCAGGCCUCCGUCAACGCGCCGCAUCACCCGCCGCCGAUGACGACGACAACGCCGCAGCCUCGACAUCAACAUCGACAGCAGAAAACAAUACGACAUCUGCACCAGCCACGGAAACCACCGCCGACGAGGGCCCCGAAGCACACAUCCCCUCCGCCCUCCGCCACCGCGCUCGGAAGCGACUCAACGGCGUAGGCUUCUCUGCGCGAGGCACAAGCGCCCUCGCCGGCGCCGGAGGAGACGAUACAGACCCAGUGAGCCUAUCAUCAUCAUCGCGCGCACUGGUUUCCGUCCCAGCACAAGCCCCAGACGACGACCCCCUCAUCGCAAAGCGCUUCGCGCCGCAGACCGGCGCAGCAGCGACUACAAUCGUCAACAAACACAUGAUGGAAUACAUAGAAUCGCACCUCUCUAACCGCAACCCCCCACCACAAUCCGAACUUCCAACCUCCUCCCAACACCAAGCCGCCACCGUCGUAACGAAUCCGUCAACAACAGCACCCUCCGCCGGACCAGCCGAACUUCCAGACCCCAAAAACCACCCCAUCAUGCAAGGGAAACUAAUGGAAGUCGACCUCGGCGACGAAGUCCGCGCCCGGAACCAAGCCAUGACGGAAAAGGCAGCCCGCCGCCUCCUAGGCGAAUCCGUCGACGACGAUACCGGCGGCCGGCGAGCCAAGAAACCCCGCCUCGGCAGGGACGGUAAACCCUGGCGGCCCAGGAACAGGCGCACCAGCGACGACAUCAAACGCGACCAGCUCGUCGAGGAGAUUCUGCGCGAGAACAGACUCGACGUCUACGAUGUACCAAAACCACAGGAACCCCAAAACGAAGGCGACGGCGACGCAGACGACCGCAUCGCCGAGGAAUUCCGGCGCGAGUUCAUGGACGCCAUGGUCCAGCGCCAACAAAAGAAGAAGACGGCAGCGCCGGCGGCUCGCGCCGGGGCUCGCAAGGCCGAUGAAGAAGUCCUCAAGGGUCCGAAGCUGGGCGGUAGCCGCAACGCUAGAGCCGCCAUGCGCGAUUUGCUUUUGAAGAAAGAAAAGGAGAAGGACUCGAGAAGAUGA